AUGGCGCUGUUUUUACAUUCUUUCUUUGACCUCAUUUCUUUCUUUCUUUCUUUCUUUCUUUCUUUCUUUCUUUCUUUCUUUCUUUCGUUUUUCUUCUUUUUCUUUUACCCUUCUUUGCUUCCUUCCUUUUCCUUCUUUUUGCCUUUUCUCUUUCUUUUUUCCUUCUUUUUUUACUUUCUCCGCCCCUACCACUCUUUCUUUCUUUCUUUCUUUCUUUCUUUCUUUCUUUCUUUCUUUCUUUCUUUCUUUCUUUCUUCUUUUCGAAUUCCAAUCUUUCAUCUAUCUAUCUAUCUAUCUAUCUAUCUAUCUAUCUAUCUAUCUAUCUAUCUAUUUUUGAUGAAUUAUUCACCCAAUACAAGACCCAAGACUCACUCAAGUAUAUUCAAAUCUAUCUAUCUAUCUAUCUAUCUAUCUAUCUAUCUAUCUAUCUAUCUAUCUUUUUCAGUUUAUAUCUAUCUAUCUAUCUAUCUAUCUGAAUUUAUAUCUAUUUCAAUCUAUCUCAGUUUAUAUCUACAUAUCUCAGUUUCUUUAUUUCUUUCUUUCCUUCUAUCUAUCUAUCUAUCUAUCUAUCUAUCUAUCUAUCUAUCUAUCUAUCUAAGAACAUUUUUACAGUGUUUUAUCUAUUCUUUAUAUUCAUAUCUAUCUAUCUAUCUAUCUAUCUAUCUAUCUAUCUAUCUAUCUAACCUAAUCUGUCUAAAUCUAUCUAUCUAUCUAUCUGAUAUAUUCAAAUCUAUCUAUCUAUCUAUCUAUCUAUCUGAGUAUAUUCAUAUCUAUCUAUCUAUCUAUCUAUCUAUCUAUCUGAGUUUAUUCAUAUCUAUCUAUCUAUCUAUCUAUCUAUCUAUCUAUCUAUCUAUCUAUCUCAAUCUGUCUAAAUCUAUCUAUCUAUCUAUCUAUCUAUCUAUCUAUCUAUCUAUCUAUCUAUAA